UUUUUUUAAAGCAAUUAAAAGUGUCAACAUUUUUUUUAAUAUUUAAGAUUACUAAAAUUGCUUAGUUUUUCAGUUGUGACUUUGUUGUUGUUUUAAGCGUCGGCAGCUUCUCUAUAGGCGAUAUAGUAAAUCCUCGUUAUGAUUCUCAAAUUCUACAAAUCCCCGGGCUUGAAAUGUGGCCAAUUGGCAAAAAAAAUCAACUCAGUUUCUCGAGUUGCUGAUGUGGUUGCGGAUCUUGAAUCCGAAAUCUGUUAUUACAUCGAGGCAGAAACUGCAUUUGAUAAAAAUGAGGUCGAAAUUAUAAAAUGGAUUUUGACUUCACCUUUUGAACGAGACGAAUUGAAGGACAAAAGUCUAUUCGAAAAUGAAGAUUCGAAAAAGACUGUUUUGAUCGAAAUUGGACCAAGACUAAAUUUCUCAACGCCAUUUUCAAGUAAUGCAGUCUCAAUCUGUAAGUCUGUGCACUUAGAUAAAGUGAAAAGAAUCGAAGUUUCGACGAGAUAUUUAGUCCGUCUUAAAUCAGUCGUAGACAACACCACAGAAAAUGAAAUUGUGAACGCUUUGCAUGAUCGAAUGACAGAAUGUCGUUAUUUAAGCCCGAUAGAAACUUUCGACCACGGUUUUCGCCCCGAAGAAUGGUUCGAGGUCGAUGUAAUGACGAAAGGUCGAAAAGCUUUAGAAGAUGUAAAUUCAAAAUUAGGUUUGGCCUUCGACAAUUGGGAUCUAGAUUUCUAUACGGAUCUCUUUCGAUCUAAACUGAAGAGAAAUCCAACGAGUGUGGAGUGUUUCGAUUUGGCUCAGUCAAAUAGUGAACACAGUCGUCAUUGGUUUUUCAAAGGACGAAUGAUUAUCGAUGGAGAGGAGAAAAAGGAGUCACUUAUUGAUAUGAUUAUAGAGACACAGUCAACAUCGAAUCAAAAUAAUGUGAUUAAAUUUAGCGACAACAGUAGUGCGAUAGAAGGAUUUGAAGUAACUGGGCUUCGUCCUAAUGAAACUCAUGCUCCGAGUAAUUUUAAGUUGGAAAAAAUGAAGCAACAUCUUAUUUUUACGGCGGAAACUCACAAUUUUCCUACUGGGGUCGCACCAUUCAGGUAA